GAUUAAAAGUAUAAACCAACCAUAGCCAGAAGUACUCUGCCUCAUAUUCAUACUCAUACUAUUUCUUUCACUAUCCUCUCUCUCUCUCUCUCUCUCUUUCAAUACAGCUCCAAAACUCGUCCUCAAGACGCUAUUUAUCCAUUUAAGUCUCUUCUCUUUUCGUCCUCAUAAUACUCUUAUACACAGAAACGUUUUUCAUUCAUAACAAAAAAUGGGUUUUAUAACUCGAUUUUUAGUUUUCAUGUCACUCUUCACCAGUUUGGUUUCUGGAUUUGCUCUACAAAAGCUUCCUCUUAUACAGUUCGACGAAGGUUACACACAGCUCUUUGGUGACCAGAAUCUUAUUGUUCACAGAGAUGGAAAAUCUGUCCGGUUAACGCUUGAUGAAAGAACCGGUUCUGGAUUUGUCUCAAAUGAUAUUUACUUGCAUGGCUUCUUCAGUUCCUCUAUCAAAUUGCCAGCAGAUUACUCUGCAGGAGUUGUUAUCGCCUUUUAUUUAUCAAAUGGGGACUUAUAUGAGAAGAAUCAUGACGAGAUUGAUUUUGAGUUUUUGGGGAAUAUUAGAGGCAGAGAAUGGAGGAUUCAGACCAAUAUAUACGGUAAUGGAAGCACACACUUGGGCAGAGAAGAAAGAUACAAUCUUUGGUUUGAUCCAACAGAGGAUUUCCAUCAAUACAGUAUCCUUUGGUCUCUAUCUCACAUCAUAUUUUAUGUAGACAAUGUUCCGAUCAGAGAAGUCAAACGUACGGCGUCGAUGGGCGGUGACUUCCCGGCGAAGCCAAUGUCUUUAUAUUCAACCAUAUGGGAUGGUUCCAAAUGGGCGACUGAUGGAGGCAAGUACGGUGUAAAUUACAAAUAUGCCCCUUACGUCUCUCAAUUCACUGAUCUGAUCCUCCACGGCUGCGCCGUUGACCCCACCGAGAAGUUUCCGAGCUGCAAAGAUGAAGCGGUUCAGAAUCUCCGGCUAGCAUCGGAGAUAACGGAGUCUCAGAGGAACAAGAUGGAGAUUUUCCGACAGAAACACAUGACUUAUUCGUAUUGUUACGAUCAUAUGAGGUACAAGGUGGUUUUGUCGGAGUGUGUUGUGAAUCCGGCUGAGGCUAAGCGUCUCAGGGUCUAUGAUCCGGUCACGUUCGGUGGGAUUCCUCACGGCCACCGUCGUGGGAAGCAUCGGAGCAGGAGCCGAUUAGCUCGAACUGAGUCGAUAUGAAUCGGUGUAUAUUGUUCGGCUAGAGGGCAUUUUUGGCAUUUUCUGUCUUGUAUAGGAAUACUAUGAAUUAUGGACUGAAUAAUGGAAUGACACCGCUAUAUUUUGAUUUCCUCCAUUUUAUGAACAUUAUCGUUUUAACAUAAUAAUAAAAUUUCAUUUUUCUAUAAGUAAACAAAAUCGGGAUUAUAAUUUUAGAAUAUUUUACGUAUGAGAAAUAAUAGAAUGAUGAGAAUACUAAAGUACAUUAAAAAUAUAAUGUAUACCGUGCAUACAAUGAUUCU